UUCGCUAUUAGUUCGUGUUUUGUUUUUUAUCGCAUAAUUUCGAAGUAAAAAAAAUGCAUUGGACAAUCUUCUAUAUCUGCGCACCUCUUUUGUGCUGCGCUGCCGUGAAUAUGAAGGCUUUGACGGAGUCAAUGGGACAAGAAGUUAUAGAAAUGGAUGCACCGAUAAAAGAAUUACCUCCUGAAAUUGAAGAGGAACCGUCAGCUGAAAACGAUGCGGAAGUAAAGUCUGUCGCAACGACUAUAUCUUCUACUAAAAGUUCUACGAUAAAAGAAACGAAACGCAGAAUAAAAGAAACAGAAAGAACUAGAAGUAAUCAAGAGGAAGAGGAAGCAAGAAUUGAGAAGGAGUUGUCCGAUUUAUAUAAAGAUACUUCAGAUUACAAAGCGGAUAGUGGAGAAGUUUCUAAAGAUACGCAACGCAUAUCGUCUACCACCGUAAGUCAGAGCGGGACAGAAGAUGAUUCUUUAAAACCGGUUGCUAGAGCGAGAGAGGACUUCAAAUUCCAACCUGAUACCAACAAUAAAGCAGACAUAGAGAGAUUCAGGACUUCUGUGGAUGUAAUCAGUUGCGACAAGCAAAGACUUACCGGAGCACCUAUUACAAUGUCUCCACUCUCGUCAGCUGGACAUCAAAUAUUAUCCAGUACUGUUUUAUUGAUUACGAUGAAAUAUAUUUUGCAUUUUUAAAUGUUAUUAUACAAAAUUAUUUGUUCUACUAAAUAAAUAAAUAUGUUUGGA